GAGAGAGAGAGAGAAACUGUGUAGCGCAUAGAUUUUGGAUUUUGUUACUACAGUUUAGUUAUUGGAGGUGGUUUUGUUUUGAUAAAUUAAUGUUAAAAACAGUUUAAUAAGUUACAAGUUGUCUUUUUGGUGGUCACAAAACACAACUUCAACACCAUACCAUGGCCGUUCCAACGUCGGUCUCACUAGUCCUGGCCUCGGUUACAGCCGUCCUGAUUUUCUCUGUCAUGCAAAUGUACAGACCACUGAUCGCCUCGUCCCAAAUAGCCACAAUUUUCGGAGGGUAUCUAGGGUCCUGGCUUUUCAUUCUUUCCCUUACGGCGGUAUCCAAUUUAGAAACGGUGGUUUUAGGUAAGGGCUUUCAGGCAAAAUUGUUUCCGGAGGUUGCGUUCUGCUUGAUUGGAUCAUUGAUCGCCUGCGGAAUGGUCCACCGAGUGUGUGCUACCACAUGCAUUUUAUUCUCAAUUGCUGCCCUAUACUAUAUCAAUAAAAUUUCACAAAAAACGCACAACGCUCCAAUACCGGUGGAAACUUAUACCGGAAAGAAAAAGAAGAAAUAAAGGCCAUGAAUACUAAUUGCGUAAGCUGACUCCAGCAAAUAUAAAAUAUCAAAAUUACUGGUACGUCGAAACCGAACCUAGUUUUUGUAGUCCCGGAUAAUACAAGUUAGGCGUAUCAUGCAAUACAAUUCAGAAUCAAUUUCCCUUACACACUUUCAGAAUAAAUGUAUUCGUAUAAAAGUCUUGCCCAUUUAUAGAAUUCUCGAAAAUUGCUUUCUAACCAUUGCAUUAGUGAUAAAAUUUGACUAAUUGAUUUGUAUUAUCUGCUUAAAUACACCAUUCAUUGAUUUGAUUCUGUGUCCCCAAUUUCAAAAUGUGUUGAAACGUGAAAAUAAACGCUGCACCCCGGAGGAAAGAAAAAAUAGUGAAAUCUCAAAUCCAACCCAAUAAAUUAACUUGGCAAAUUUGCUAUUCAAGCACAACGUCGCUGGUGUCGUUCCUAUCUCGCUGAAAAGCAACUCGAAAUCAGCAUUAUAGACUGUUUACAUCAUUCAUCGUUAUAUCCGACAUCACACAAAGAAGCCAUAUCGCCCCAGUAAUAUUCCUCAUUUAUUUUAAUGACAUCAAUAUCAAAUUACAAGGACCCGCUUUUCCUUUGCGACGACAUGAAGAUUUUGACCGAUACGGCUAAAGAGAAUUGUUUUACAUUAU